AUGUUAUUAUUAAAUCAAUCCUUUAAACGAUUAUCUUGGAAAUCCUUAUCAAAUCCAUCCACUAUUUCAUCAUCCUUCAAGACUUAUUCCCCACGAUUCAUAAGUUCAUUACCAACCAAACCAUCACCAUCAUCGUUAUCAACUAAUUUAAAACUCUUGAUUGGGUGUACUACAGGGGGAUCUAUCUUAUACUUCACUUCAUCGCCAUUUUUCAAAAAAUCAAUCUUGAAUGAUUCUCCCAUCUCAUAUCAAAAUAAUACCAUAUCUAUAUCGUUACCACAUCAUCAAAAACAUAAAACUAGAUUGAAUGGAUACUUAAAUUAUGAAGAAUUAACCAUCGGAUCUAUAAUUGGAUUAUUCUUAGGUGUCAUCAUUGGUAAAUUAAGUACCAUCUUAAUCUACUUAUCAUUAUCAUCAUACCUUUUAGUAGAAUAUUUACAAACUAAACAAAUCAUAAAUAUACCUUGGAAUUAUAUCAUCGUCAUAGGAAAGGAAAGAAUCGAUGUUAAACAAUGGUUAUUUGAAAAACCAAGUUUUAAAAUUGCUUUCAUUGCCAGUUUUAUCUUAACUGCUUACAAUAUCUAG